UUUUGUUAAGCACAAUAUAAAUUUUUCUGAUCAGUUAAAUAAUAAACUUUGUGGUUUGUGGAGACACACUUAUGCAGAGCAGGUGGAGAUAAAAAGUUCGGAAGUAGAUAAAUAUAUGAAGAGUUUGGCUUUAGAAAUGAAGCUGAAAAAAGACUUAAUGAACUUAAAAUCGCCAAUUAUCGAAUCCCCCAACAUUUGGGGUUACCGGAACAAAUGCGAGUUUGCUUGUGGCCUAAACGGGCAAGUUGGGUUUUAUUUGGGUCGGAAUGAGGACGGAACUGUGGAAAUUGUGAGUGGAAAGGACUGUCCACAUGUUUCUGAGCUCAUGAAAAAGAUUGCUUUAAACUUCCAGGAAUUUUUGGCGACCUUGCCUUUUCACGGUUACGAUUCGUUGAAAGAAGAAGGACACUUUAGACAACUCGUCCUUCGCACUUCCCAAAGGGGUGAAGUAAUGGCGCUAGUACAAUUCCACCCCCAACAACUUUCUAGCGAAGAAAUUAGUGAAGCUUGUGCGGCCGUAUACAAUUUUUACCAGAAUUUAUGCUUAAAUGAACGCAUAAAACUUUCUUGUGGUUUCUUUCAACUUUAUUCAAAAAGAACUGUUGGUAUAUUCCCUGACGAUCCUAUUGAACUCAUUUACGGCGACUCUCCCUAUAUAUAUGAAUCGUUAUUAAAUUUAACUUUUCGCAUCUCGAUAACUUCAUUUUUUCAAGUAAACGUUCCUGCCACUGAGAAAUUAUACAAACUAAUAGAGGAUUGGUGCGGAUUAUCCGAAAGUUCUGUCUUAUUGGACAUCUGCUGCGGCACAGGCACCAUUGGCCUUUCUCUGUCCUCCAAAGUCCCAAAAGUUAUUGGCUUAGAGCUUGUUCAAUCCGCCGUUAACGAUGCCAACUUCAACGCUUCCUUAAAUGGUAUCAACAACGUGGAAUUUUUUUGUGGGCAUGCGGAAGCCACCUUGCCGCGUGUUUUGGACAAGUACGCCUCCGUAUCUGAUUGCGUCGGCGUGGUCGAUCCCCCUCGCGCGGGUUUACAUCCCUCCUUAAUCCGAGCAUUUCGCAAAAGUUCCUUAAAAAAAUUGAUUUAUGUUUCUUGUGAUUAUAAGCAGGCGAAGUCUAACUUUAUAAACCUUUGCAAAGAAGAUGGAGGCGCUCCGCCUUUUGAGCUAAAAAAAUAUUGCGCUGUAGAUCUUUUCCCGCACACUCACCAUACUGAGUUGGUGCUCCUUUUUGAACGUAAUUAA